AUGCUCAGCCUGCGAGCUGCAGCACGGCACAAUGGCGCCCUGCGACCCUGCGGCCAGCUCUUUCGUAGGAGCACGCGACACAUCCAGACAGCGACAGUGACCGACGCCGACAUUGCCAGACUCGCCGCGAAGCCAUUGCACCCUCUGACCCUCGCCGACUUGUGCAAGCAUGGCAGGCCUCCGCUCUCCCAGCAGGCUCUGCUCAACAGCGCCAACUUCACCCUCGAGAUCCUGCCCUCGCGACUGGCUCACCGCAUCCAGAGUCUACGAGCACUGCCGUACAUUGUAGUCGCCAACCCGAACGUCAACAAGAUCCAUGGCAACUACGUUCAUUCCUUGUCGACGCUGCUGCCCUACGCAGAGAGGAGGAUUGAGAAUCUGGAGGAAGAGAUCAAGUUCACAGAGGUCAUGGCGGACCUGGUCCAAACCCACAGCAACACCAUAGCCAUUCUGGCAAGAGGCUUCCUCGAAGCAAGAAAGUACAUCACAAAGGACGAGAUCACCCGCUUCCUCGACGAACACCUGCGAGCCCGCAUCGGCACCCGCCUCGUCGCAGAACAACACAUCGCCCUGCACUUCAGCAGCCAACCCCACAAAGACCUCUCCGACAACCCUCACGACGAAGCACCCCCCUCCUACAUCGGCGUCAUCGACACGGCCCUCAGACCCGCCGACAUCAUCCACUCCUGCGAGCACAUGGUCGGCGAGAUCUGCGAGCUCAAAUACGGCGUGCGGCCCACCAUUACCAUCAUCGGCGACCCAGACGCCACAAUCGCCCACAUCCCCAUGCACAUCGAGUACAUCCUCACCGAACUGCUGAAGAACAGCUUCCGCGCCGUGAUCGAGAACGGCAUGGAAAAGGAACCCAUCGAAAUCACCAUCGCCCCCGCCCCCGCGGCCGAAAACACCCACGCCAUGCACGAGAAACUGCAGAAACAGCGUGCGCUGAACGAAGAAGUCGGGGCCCCCGUCGGCGUGGUGAGCAACUACGACCAAGGCAGCGUCGACCACGCCUCAGGAUCCAACGGCCCAGCGUCCGCCAACUCAGCCAACAUCCGGCCGUUAGACAAACAAACCCCCGGCGUCACAAUCCGCAUCCGCGACCGCGGCGGCGGCAUCAGCCCAGAGAACUACGCGAAGCUGUGGGAGUAUGGAUUCACGACGUUCAACGAGGACGAGAUUAUGGAUAAGGUCAGUGGAGGACGAGGCGGGGUGGACGCUCUGGACGCUAUCAGCGGUGGUGCAGGUGGCGGCAGCAGUCUGGCGGGUCUAGGCUAUGGACUGCCACUGGGACGGGCGUAUGCGGAGUAUUUCGGCGGCGGCAUUGCCGUGCAGAGUCUUUGGGGCUGGGGCACGGAUGUGUAUCUCAGUCUCCGAGGGGUGGGGAGUGUGGUGCAAUGA